AUGGGAGUCAAGGUAGAAUUUGGCUAUAUCGAGACCAAGUGGAAUCCGGCAGACAUUGGGACACGUGGAGCAUCCGCACAGGAAAUUUUGUCACAUGUGUGGUGGAGAGGAUAUCCACUUAAGAGAAUUCUCGAUGGCAGAUUUGCAUCUAACUUCUUCAGUCUUUCAAAGGAGUUAGAAGGAGAAGAAGAAACGGAAUGUGUUUCUCCAGUAUAUGCUAUGAAGACUCGUGAAGGAAGAGUCGAAGAUAUUCUAGACCUAGCGAGGUACAGUAGUGUCACAAAAUCGCUAAGGGUCCUAGCAUAUGUCAUUCGAUUCCUUAAAAGCAUCACUUCUCGCUUGGAUAAUGCUCUUCAGAGCAAACUACGGAACAAUCUACCUUGCCUCAAUGAUCCAAACCAAGAACAGUACCUAACAGCAUCCGACAUUAGAAAUGCUCACGAUGUACUGAUUAGGAAUCAUCAAGCUGUACAUAUAUCUCCACAAUACAAAAAGGCACUUUCUAAAACUCUAAACAUGAAGGAGGACAAGAAACAAAUAAUGGCCUCCCAAAGACGUGAUGACGAGUUUUCAAAAAAGCGCCGCGCCGAAGAGCAUAAGCUGAUCGAGGAAAUUCGUCGCAAGCGUGCAUGCGUUAGAAAGAUGCAAGUGUUUCCAUCGGAAGAAAUCAUUCAAAGCAAGAUCAGAAAUUUUGUGAAAUCCAUUGUUCUCAUUGUAACUUCGAGUUGCCUUAGUGAUAAGCAUGCUCACAUCCGUGGAAAUAAGCCCCAGUAUUUGGCACACAUGCGAGCUGCUCUCUACAAGGCCCAUCUGGAGAACAUAUAUUCUGAGACUUGCCAUGUAAUGGAAAGAAUCCGGAACCUAGCAGAGGGACUAUCAAUGGCGUACGAACUUUACGGAUUGCUAGCAUUCUCGGAUGAAGAACUUCGGGAUUCUCGCGAAAUUUUUUUCGGACAAGAUGAACAGGGUGUUACGUUGGAGCCGAGCUUCACAGCCAACUUCAUCCACAAAGAAAUCGAGUUCCUCGAAGAUCUCAAAAGGCAAAUAUGGAACGAAAUCACAGAGGCAAAACUCCAAGAGGAAAAUGAAAAUCACGUCAAUGCUUUCGAGAACAUAAGGGAAAUGAUUUUGGAAAUGCGUCAAGAUUUCGAAGAGAAACAUACGAAAGUCCAGCAAGAGAUCAACGAGCAGAGUGAAAAAAUAAAAGAAAUAUUCAAAAGGCUUGAAGAAAUAAGCAACGCAAUGAAAGAACAAAGUCAAGCACGUCCGGACGACAAGCAACCAACCAAAGAGGAUGAGAACGAACUCAGGCAAAGUGUAAACUUAGAAAGAGCCGAGGAAGAUCUACUUGACAUACCCGAAGAAGACGAGCUCGAAAAAUACGGAUACUACAGCCAGUCCAUAAGGUCAAGUCCAGCUACAUCUUUUGGCGACGAGCAAUCGGCAAAAUCUAGCCCGGCUAUAUCUGACGAUGAACUCGAAAAAUACGGAUACUACAACCAAUCCACAAGCUGCAUCUUUUGGAGAAGAGCAAUCGGCAAAAUCGAGCCCGGCUAUAUCGACGAUGAACUCGAAAAAUAUGGAUACUAUGACGAAUCCACAAGAUCCAGCCCGAAUACAUCUGACGAUGAGCAAAGCAUGAAGGAAAGAAGUUAUCCUGGAAGCCAGAGAAGAAAUAAAUUAGAGCAGCGAGGUGACUGGAUCAACUCAUAUCUGAAGACGAUGGCAAACGUGCCAGAACGAAGAAUAAAUCGCAUAGAUCAAAUGAGAUCCAAGGACAGGUUUCUGGUCUGCUCCUUCUGCCUGGAAAAAGGAUUGCACUACUCAGACAGUUGUCCCUCAUAUGUCAGUGUCAAAUCGAGGAAAAGGCGUGUUCGAUGUCAACAAUGUCUGGAUAGCCGCCACAACACAGAAGAGUGCAGGAAUACAAAGAAAAGGUGCAGGUACUGUGGAUCAAAGGAUCACGAUAAAGCUCUCUGUGUUCUGCCGGAAGACAUCGACGACUACUACAGAGAACUUGACGAAAUUAGGAGAGAGCUCGAAAGUCUUCCAGACUAUUAUGGACCACAUAACCCACCCGAACCGCAGUAA